UCUCAUAGGGCCCGCGACUGGCGGUGCAGGGCUCGGGGAGGGUGCCGCAGGUGGGGGUGAGGAGCUGGCGCCCCGCCUGGCAGUAUCGCGGGUUCCCCUCCCCGGGCCCUCCGAGUCGAAAGGACACAGAGCCGGGUCAUUGACACGGGAGCCCGCCCUCCAGCCGCCUGCGCGCGCGCUGCCGCUGCCUGACCAUCCUGCGCCGCCAGGCCCUGCUCUGCCCCUGCGCCCCUCCCCCGGCUCUCCGGGUCCCUGUCACCGUCCUCGCCACGCCCGGUUCCCCCAGGCCCUGCCUGAUCCCAGACCCCCGCGCCCUCGUCCCCAUGGAGCAGCUGCUGCGUGCGGAGCUGCGGACCCGCACCCUGCGGGCCUUCGGGAGCUCAGGAGCCGGCUGCAUCAGUGAGGGCCGCUCCUACGACACGGACUCUGGCCCAGUGUUCGUCAAGGUCAACCGCAGGACCCAGGCACGGCAGAUGUUCGAGGGGGAGAUGGCCAGCCUGGAGGCCCUCCAGAGCACAGGCCUAGUGCGGGUGCCUCGACCAGUCAAGGUGAUCGACCUGCCAGGAGGCGGGGCUGCGUUCUUGAUGGAGCACCUGAAUAUGAGGAGCUUGAGCAGUCAGGCAUCAAAACUUGGAGAACAGAUGGCGGAUUUGCACCUUUACAACCAGAAGCUUGGGGAAAAGUUGAAGGAGGAGGAACGCACAGUGGGCCGAAGGGCUGGGGGUGCAGAGCCCCAAUAUGUGACCAAGUUUGGCUUCCAUACAGUGACCUGCUGCGGCAUCAUUCCACAGGUGAACGAGUGGCAGGACGACUGGCCGACCUUCUUCACCCGGCACCGGCUCCAGGCACAGCUGGACCUCAUCGAGAAGGACUAUGCCGACAGAGAGGCACGGGAGCUCUGGGCGCAGCUACAGGUGAAGAUCCCGAAUCUGUUCUGUGGCCUGGAGAUCAUCCCUGCCCUGCUCCAUGGGGACCUCUGGUCGGGAAAUGUGGCUGAGGAUGACAUGGGGCCCAUCAUUUAUGACCCAGCUUCCUUCUAUGGCCACUCAGAGUUUGAACUGGCAAUCGCCUUGAUGUUCGGAGGGUUUCCCAGGUCCUUCUUCACUGCCUACCACAGGAAGAUUCCCAAGGCCCCAGGGUUUGACAGGCGGCUGCAGCUCUACCAGCUCUUUAACUACCUAAACCACUGGAACCACUUCGGGCUGGGAUACCGCAGCCCAUCCCUGGGCACCAUGAGGAAGCUUCUGAAGUAGUAGCCACUGGCAUCCUGUGCCCCUGCCAAGGGCGCCCUCCUCCUUGCUUGCAAAUAACUAAUAAAGCACUCGGAAGCCAGGGGUCUCCAGGGGUCACACCACUGUGUCUUAGCAGCACCUUCAUUCUCUGUGGGCAUGAGAAUGCUCCACUGUGUCGCUGUCCUCUCCACAGGGUGCCUGGACCACCGGGAAAAGUCUCCAGCAGGCUCACGACAUUUCAUAACCUGGGGGGAGUUUUGAACUCUGGAUAGGGAAAUUAAUGCGGACCUGGGUUUGCCUGGGCUGAAACUGGUGCCAUCCUGCAUGGACUGGACUUGGUUUCUUGUUUCUGGCUCACACAGGAUCCGGAGCUGCCAGUGGGAGUGCUGGGCGUGGCUCCAAGUCCAUCACGCCAGGCGGGGCAAAUGGAAGGAAGGGCUCACAUGCUGCGGGGACCAGGCAUUUGGGCCGCGACCCUUUCCUGCCCCUCUGCACUCCUACUUUUCAGGUGUAUGUGUCCCUUAAACCGGAGUUUCAUUGGAUAAAAGAGAGGGAAGGGGGAGAGCCUUGGGCAGUGGGAUGUCCGGGUGGCUGGGGUGUCCAGAAUGGCUGGGGUGUCUGGUUGCCUGUGAUGUCUGGGAUGCCCAUGGUGUCUGGGUGUUGGGGUUCCUGAGCUUUCAUUGUUGAACGGUGAGUCCCGGAAGGGGUGGCGCCCACGUGCGCACCUCUUAAGACAGGAGCACAUUCUUCAGGACCACCACGUCCUUGUCACACCUCGCAAAAGUGUCAGUUAUUUUCAGCGGUACAGGUGCCCACGUGUCCCUCCUUUGGGGAAAGUGUGGGGGCGCGGCGGUUCCGUGUGGCUGGGAGGCGGUUUCCCAGCGCAGACGAAUGUGUUGAAGACUUCCUAGAAAGACUUUCCCCGAAACAGGUUCAAAGGACAAACUGCCCUGGUCAGCAAACCCACGCCUGCCGAACGGGGAGGAAAGGGGCCGCGCGCGCUCUAAGG